UUUGCGUGCACCAGCUACUCGGCUUCGUCGCCUCAAUCAGCCAACCUUUAUUAACCUGCGACAGAGGAUCCCCGGCUUGAAGCCAGCAAGAUGGGCAAGGAAAAGGUUCACAUUAACAUCGUGGUGAUCGGCCAUGUCGACUCUGGGAAGUCGACAACAACUGGACAUCUUAUCUACAAGUGCGGUGGCAUCGAUAAGCGUACAAUAGAGAAGUUCGAAAAAGAAGCCCAGGAGAUGGGUAAAGGAUCUUUCAAGUAUGCCUGGGUAUUGGAUAAGCUGAAAGCCGAACGGGAGCGUGGUAUUACCAUUGACAUCACACUGUGGAAAUUUGAAACACCUAAAUACUACGUGACUGUAAUUGACGCCCCUGGCCAUCGUGAUUUCAUUAAGAACAUGAUCACGGGUACUUCGCAGGCAGACUGCGCUAUCCUCAUAUGUCCGGCUGGCACCGGUGAAUUCGAGGCCGGAAUCUCAAAGAACGGCCAAACUCGUGAGCAUGCCCUACUUGCUUACACGCUCGGAGUCAAGCAAUUGAUUGUCGGCGUGAACAAGAUGGACACAUCUGAACCCCCCUACUCAGAAGCUCGCUUCGAGGAGAUCAAGAAAGAGGUGUCCCUGUACAUUAAGAAGAUUGGCUACAACCCUGCUACUGUGCCGUUUGUCCCCAUCUCAGGUUGGUGUGGUGACAAUAUGCUUGAAAGCUCGCCCAAUAUGCCCUGGUACAAAGGGUGGUCGAUUGAGCGCAAGGGUGCCACGUUUGAGGGCAAAACCCUUCUUCAGGCGCUCGACGUCAUGGAGCCACCCACUAGGCCCACAGAUAAACCCCUGCGUCUUCCCUUGCAGGAUGUCUAUAAGAUUGGAGGUAUUGGUACAGUGCCUGUAGGCAGAGUCGAGACCGGCAUAAUCAAGCCUGGGAUGGUGGUCACCUUUGCCCCGGCCAACAUAACCACUGAAGUGAAGUCCGUCGAGAUGCACCAUGAAUCGUUACCUGAGGCUGUGCCCGGUGAUAACGUAGGCUUCAACGUGAAGAACGUCUCCGUUAAGGAACUGAAAAGAGGCUAUGUAUGCGGUGACUCCAAGGACCACCCCCCCAAGGAAACAGAGGAGUUUGCUGCUCAGGUUAUCGUCCUGAAUCACCCCGGUCAGAUCCAAAACGGUUACUCGCCUGUUCUCGACUGCCACACUGCCCAUAUCGCCUGUCGCUUCAAGGAGAUUAAAGAGAAGAUUGACCGUCGUUCUGGCAAAAAGCUUGAGGAUAAUCCUAAGUUCGUCAAGUCGGGUGAUGCCGCCAUUGUCGAUCUUGUUCCUCAGAAGCCAAUGUGCGUUGAGACUUUCACGGAGUUCCCACCUUUGGGUCGCUUUGCCGUUCGUGAUAUGCGACAGACCGUGGCAGUCGGUGUAAUCAAAUCCGUGAAGACCAAAGAGGUAACCCACGGUAAAGUGACUAAGGCUGCUGAGAAAGCCGCCAAGAAGAAGUAACUAGCACGUCGGGUCACCGCCGCUAAACGCCGUCACAAUGAAACGACGACGAAAAAGCGGAUUUCAAAGGGGUGGGGUCGGCUGCAGCAAAAGUUUGGUCUGCGCCGAAGCCGUCCGGGCUUUGCGCCCGUCAUAAACAACAGCGUGCACAUCAACAAUAGUAGAUCGACCAUUAACAAGACGACGCACAUCAUCGGCCGUCCUACGAAAUUCAUCAAUCCAGCAAAAGAUGUUUUUAUUAUCGUUUGCGACGACAGUGCGCUGAGAUGCGCCCGGUGGCCAAGUCAGAGAUUGCAAUGUCUGUAUUUGUAUCUGUAUCAUGUUUUAACUACUCGUCAGGUAUCCACUGGUUCGACGGCAGCUGCUCGGUGUGAAGUCGAGCAGCAGCAAGGGGCCGGGGAGUCGGGAGGCAAGCUCAUCGGGCUGUGGCUGAGGGCACGAUUCGUGCGACGCUCCCGUUCUAGUCACCGAAAGGAACACCAGCGGAUAGGACAGCAAAAGCAGCGGACAAGGCCCAAAGCAACAGAGCUAGCAUCAUAACUACAACAGAGAAUAUCGUUAUCAUUCAUUAAGAACAAUAAUCCUUCGCUUUGGAGGCAAAAGCAGACGUUAAUUAAAAAAGGCCGGGUAAACAGCGGCUGGCGGAUGAAUGCUUUCCCUGGUAGCGAGAAUCCCAAGAGUGGCCUGCUACGGCGCGUAGGCAUGUCGGCCCGACUCCGAUCUGCCCACCAAAAUAUUCCAACCUAUUUGUUUGUAAGAAACCAUGACAACAUUAAUAAUUAUGAUUAAAAAACGUAAUGAUGAAAUGACAUAUACAUAAACAGCAGUAAGUAAUAUAUGGCAGAGCAAACAACAAAACUAUAGUCGAUCAAUAAAUCAUCAACAAAUUGUAACACUACCGAUACCCAACGUA